CCCGGCUGUGUCUCCGCCCUCUAGCUGCUCGCUAUAGGCUGGGGGAUUUAAGCGCGCCCGCCGUAAUGAUUAGGGCUUUCUGAGACUGAUUGAUUUCAAAACUUGACGGGUUUCGAGUUUCGCAGAGAUGAACCAAGAGUUGGAUUACGGAGGCUCCGGGAGCAGCGGUAACGGAAAGCUGCGCCAGUGGCUGAUCGAUCAGGUGGACAGCGGCAAAUAUCCCGGUCUGGUGUGGGAAAACGACGAGAAGAGCAUCUUCAGGAUACCGUGGAAACACGCCGGGAAACAGGACUACAACCGGGAUGAGGAUGCCGCGCUUUUCAAGGCCUGGGCGUUGUUUAAAGGCAAGUUUCGGGAGGGGAUCGACAAGCCGGACCCGCCGACUUGGAAGACUCGCCUCCGCUGCGCCCUCAACAAGAGCAAUGACUUUGAGGAACUUGUGGAGAGAAGCCAGUUGGACAUCUCAGACCCUUACAAAGUCUACCGCAUCAUCCCCGAGGGCGCCAAGAAAAGUCAGUCCCACCUCAAACUCCUCAUAUGUCAAACAACGCAGGUUGAUACUGUGGCACAGCGACCCCGACAAGAAGACAGUCCCCUCAGUCCAAUGAGCUAUCAGGUGCACCCCUCCUAUCCUGCCCUGCAGACCCAGAUGCCACAGUACAUGCCCACACCAGAAUGUGGCUGGAGAGAUUACUGUCAGGAACAGGCCUCCCUGCCUGAGCUGCCCUUCACUCAGUGUCCCUGUCCCCCCCGCAGCCUGCCAUGGCAGGGCCCGUCCAUGGAGAAUGGAUAUCAGCUCAGAGCCUCAAUUUACUCGUAUGGUCCUGCUGAUAGCCAGCCGUCGCCGUUUACACUGGACGCCAGCAUCAGAUCAGCAGAGGCGCUCUCAGACAUCCGCCUGCACGUGUCUGUAUAUUUCCGGGACACUCUGGUGAGGGAUGUGACCAUCUCCAGUCCGGAGGGGUGCCACAUCACUCCGUGCUCCACAGAUGAAAAGCACUUUCUGCCUGGAGUUCCUGAGGUGGUCCCCCUGCCUGUGGACAGUCUCUCAGGGCAGAGGAGGUCAGAGGAGUGUCCACCGAGUCCCUCGUCAAACCUGGAGAGGGGAGUGUUACUGUGGAUGGGCCCAGACGGACUCUACGCUCGGAGGCUGUGCCAGAGCAGAGUGUACUGGCAGGGAGGACUGUCCCAGUACGGAGACAAGCCCAACAAACUGGAGAGAGAGGUCACCUGUAAACUCCUCCACACACAGGACUACCUUACAGAGAUCCAGAGCUACGGGCUCCAUGGUCGACCGCCUCCUCGUUUACAGGUCCUGCUGAGUUUUGGAGAUGAGUGUCUGGACCCGCAGAGACAAAGACGGACCCUCACUGUCCAGGUGGAGCCGCUGUUUGACAGGCAGCUCCUGUACUACGCCCAGCAGAUGGGUGGCCACUACUACCGCAGCUACGAGCACCCAGGAGUCACGGAUCACAUAAACACCUCUGAGGACUACCAGAGGGCCAUCACACAUCACCACAGCAGCAGCCUGCAGGAGUGAUCUCAGUAGGUUCAAGUGACUGUUGAAAACUUCCAGAUGCAGCAAUGAAAGGACAAGGAAGGAAACUGAGACAAGAGGACAAACCUGGACAGUAUUAUACAUAAAUCGAUGGACAUUUAGUGGCAGUUACUGUUUGCCCUGCAGGGUUCUGUGUGUGUUUGUCAGUGUGUGUGGCAACAAAGUUGCAGUGUUAUUUUUUUACUUACUAUUUGUAGGUUGCCAUGAGUAUUUUUUAUACUGUCUAUGCAAAGAAAACUGACAGCUUAGGUGAUUGUAUUGUGGAAAACUGUGUGGUGAUUUUAGUGCCUUAAGGGGAUAGUUAGUUAGUUUAUGAAAUACGCUUAAUCACUUGCUGAAAGUUAGAUGAGAAGAUCGAUAACACUCUCAAGUCUGUACACUAAACAUGAAGCUGGAGCCAGCAGGUGGUUAUCUUAGCUUAGCACUAAGACAAGAAAGGGGCGGAAAUAGUUAGCCUGGCUCUGUCUAAAUGCACCUCUAAAGCUCACAAUUUAACAUGAUGUAUACUGUUUGAAAGUAAAGAGUAAAAUGUUUUAUGGAUGGUUAGGAGUCUUGUCCAGAAGCAGUAAUUUCCUGGAGACUUUGCUGAUUGUUUGGCAAUUGCUCAGAGCCAAGAAAAAGGCUGGCAUGAGCAGUUUUGGACUUACUGUGUACUCUGUACACAAAACCUAACAAGUUACAAUGUGUUAUAUGAGAGCUUUAAAGGCACUAGGGAGAUUAGAUUUUGUACCUUUGGAGUGAACCAAGCUAGCUGGUAGCUUAGCAGUCUUUAUGCUAAGCUAAGCUUAGUAGCUUCAUGGAUUACUGUACAAAUGUGAGAUCUGUGAGAGUGGUAUGGAUUUUCUUAUUUAACUGUUCUUGUAAAUAAUUUUGCAUCUCUUGUUGCUAGGAGACACUAUCACCACCAUUUAAUAAAUUAUCAAUGAAA